GCGGGCGGCACGGCGGUCGAGUGGUUAGCGCGCAGACCUCACAGCUAGGAGACCAGGGUUCAAUUCCCACCCUCGGCACAUCUCUGUGUGGAGUUUGCAUGUUCUCCCCAUGCAUGCGUGGGUUUUCUCCGGGUACUCCGAUUUCCUCCCACAUUCCAAAAACAUGCUAGGUUAAUUGGCGACUCCAAAUUGUCCAUAGGUAUGAAUGUGAGUGUGAAUGGUUGUUUGUCUAUAUGUGCCCUGUGAUUGGCUGGCCCGAAGACAGCUGGGAUAGGCUCCAGCACCCCCUGCGACCCUCGUGAGGAAAAAGCGGUAGAAAAUGAAUGAAUGAAUGAAUGUUCUGAGGCACGCGCUAUGCACACAUCUCUGCAGUGGAAAAUGCAAUGUCACAUCCAUCCAUGGAGGUAAUCAUACAUUAGAUGUCCCCUGACAGGUGUUUAGCAGGAAAUACAAUGGAUGGUCUGUAGCACCAUGCCCUGGCGCUCGUGUCUCCAGUGAAGCAUGGGAGCGUGGGUCAGCAUGUGGUCAGUACCGCACAAAGCUGGAGGCUUUCAUUACCUUUCUGGCUCACUGGCUCCCCACUGACCCCCCCACACACAGUCACGCUGGCCAUCUGCCGGUGUCACUUUCCUGGCGUAGGCGGAGGCAAUGAGAUGUUUUGGCUCCGAGGAGCUGAAAGGUGCCAUAUCUGACCUGUAGAGCAGGAGAGGAUGGUUCUUCAUCGCGCCAUCCAGGCGGCCCGGGCGGGGGAUCUUCACACCCUGAGUGAGCUGGCGUCUUCUGGUCAUCUGUUGCCCUCCAUCGUGGAUGCCCAAGGCGCCGGCCCGGUGCACCAUGCGGCCAGGUGUGGACGCCUGGAGUGCCUGCAGUUCCUGGUAAGUCAGCAGGGGCUUGCAGGUGGAGCUCGGGCCUUGAACGGGGCCACGCCGGCACAUGACGCCGCCGCCACCGGGCACGUGCUGGAGCUGCAGUGGCUGGUGGAGCAAGCGGGCUGCAAUGUGGAGGACCGAGACGCCGCCGGCGCCACGGCGCUCCACCUUGCAGCCCGCUUUGGCUGCGUGGAGGUGGUCAGGUGGCUCCUGUCCUUCAAGGGGACAGCGGAGGUGGAAACCAAGUGCGGAGCUCUGGCAGCUCACUACGCUGCAGUCAGCGGGGACCUAGGGUGUUUGAUGCUUCUUGUUCAGCAGACGCCACGGUGCGUGAACCACCAGAUGUCCACUGGCGCCACCCCGCUCUACCUGGCCUGCCAGGAGGGACACGUGCACAUGGUGGAGCACCUGGUGAAACACUGCAGCGCCGACGUUCACGUGAGGGCCCACGACGGCAUGACGUGCCUGCACGCCGCUGCCCACAUGGGCCACGAAGACGUAGUGACUUGGCUGGUGAGCCACACUGACAUAAGCACGUCCUGUCAGGACGUAGAGGGAGCCACUGCGCUGCACUUUGCCGCCAGCAGGGGGCACUCCCGCAUCUUGGAGCGGCUCCUUGAGGCCGGGGCAAAGGUCAUGAAGGACUACUGGGGCGGGACACCCCUGCAUGAUGCGGCGGAGAACGGAGAGCUGGAGUGCUGUAAAAGAAUGCUGGCCCGCUACGGCAAGCCCGCCGACAGAGAUGUUGAUGGACUCACGGCGGCCGACCUGGCCGGGUACAACGGCCACCAUGAGUGCGCCAGAUACCUGCGUGCCAUGGAGAACAACGCCGCCUGUACUGAUAAGUCUAUCAUCAUCCCGGCGGAGGAAGUGUCGCAGCGCAGCAGGCGAGUCCACUUCCACGGCAGCGAGAGCGUCCUCAUGGACACCUUGAAGCAACCUGACAGCGAGGAGACCUCAGCAGCUCGAUACCCUCAGCCCUUACCUUCUUCUCCAUCCAUGCCCGCCCAGCCGGCAAAGAGCAUCAUCUCCAGAAUCGAGAAGGUCCAAACUGCAACAUCUGUUAUUAAAGGUUUAAAUCAGCCAAAGGCAGCCAGGAGUCACAGGACAUCCUCUGCCGACAAGAGGGCACUACCUGAUGCCAACCUCCUGAACGACAUGAAUCCCAUCGCGACGCUCAAACAGUCAUCGCUGAUGGGCGUCUUCACCGGCCAAGCUAGCAAAAUGGUGGUUCUCCCCACCGAGCAGGCCAACCUGGCGGACAUCGACCACCUGGUGCCCACUCAUGACGAGAAGGGUCGCCCCAUCGCAGAGUGGAAGCGGCAGGUGAUGGUGAGGCAGCUGCAGACCCGGCUGCUGGACGAGGAGGACCAGCGGAGGAAGGAGAAUGGCAGCAAGUUCGCCAAAGUCAGCUGGAGGUACUCGCAGGCCCACAACGCCAUCUUGGGUCCGUCUGGCGAGCUUCUCACAGAGCACGACCUCAUCUACCUGGAGCAGCAGAUUGCCAACGUGGCCAUGCAGAGACACUGCGAAGGCUACGAGCUGGAGCUGGCCCGACUGGCCAACGAGCUCCGCCACAUCCUGCCUGCUCCCAUCGUCAACAUCACCGUCAACACGCAGUUCCGAGACUUCACCAGUCAGGUCCCUUUGCCCGUGUGGUGCAGCCGCAUCUCGGGCAUCGUGAAGAGCAUGUCACUGCUCAUGAGCAAUCUGACUGACCAACCCUACUGCAAGAUGCCCAACACCGACCUUGUCACCGUGUUUUCCCAGAUUCCCGACAGACAGGACUCUACUAGAGGGCGCCGGGAGAGGAUCGAGGACGAGAUCCAACAGUUUGGAGUCUCUGUGAGGACGCUCAAAUCAAAUUUUGAGACGCAGAACUCCCCCGAGGACAGCAAUGUGUUCAACACUUCCACUCCACUGGAAGCAAAUCAUUCAGAAAACCCCCCUCAAGUCUCCUGUCCAGACCAGAACAACGUCGUAGACCAGGAGGAGAAUCUUUCAGGAGUUGUUGAGACAACCAGCCUCAGGAAGGAGCGUAUCGUCGUGCUGUUCCUGGGCCAUUGGAAGAAAUCUGCCUACACAGUGACGCUCAAGAGCAAGGAUGCGGCAGAGAGGAAGGGGAGCUGCAGCGGUGGUGGUGCGGAGGCUCAUGAUGACGAACGUGGUCCCCAGCGCCGAGCGAGUGAGGACAGUGCCCAGUCCAAGAUGAUGAAUAGUUCUUUGGGACACUUCUUCAAGCAGAGAAGUGCUGUCAACAAGAUGCUAGGGAACUGGAGGAACAUGAUCUCCAGUGUUCCAUCGAGGCAGAUCCGACGGCUCCACAGACAGCAAGCCCUGUACUCCCCAGAGCAGUUCCUUCCCCGUGUGGACGGUGUACCCUUGGAGUAUGAUAAGCUGACCCUCGACCUCUUCAUGCUGGGCUACUUCCACAUCCUGGAGCUGGAGCUGCCAGUGGAUGAACGCAAGAUGAGACACCUGCUUUGCUUCGAGGUGUUCGACCACGUCGGCGGCUUCCCCUGGGAGCUGGUGAGGGACUUCCACAAGGCCGUCCUAGACGACAUCGAGGCUGGCAACCGCCAGUGGACGGAUGGGUUUGAGGAUCUUAAAGUCAAGUUCUUUGGGAAUGCGGUGAGUGCGCCCGAGGGUUUGAAGGAGGCGGAGACAAGCCGCCUUCCGGAGAUGAGGCCGCUCCCGAAAGUCAUCGUGCAGACACCCACGCCGGACGAGGGAUCGCUCUACACGGGAACCGAUAUCUCCUGUUUCAGCAAUGAAGAGAUAUGCCAAUACAUCGACCGGAGCUUUGCUUUUUGGAAGGAGAAGGAGGCGGAGAUUUUUGAUUUUGAGUAGUUGCUUGGGUAUUGAUAACUGUAUCCGACUGGGGGGGGGGCACAUUGACUUGAUAGUCAGCCAUGUUUAUAUAGAUCACGUUUUGUGUGUUUGUAACACCAGCAGAGAUAUCGAUGUGGGCCAAAAAUGAUAUCAUUUUUUUCAAUUUGGAUGAAAUUAUGGCUCACAGAUUCAAAGAGUCAUAGAAUCAUUGGAACCUGAUCGGUUCUUAGUACAGUACAUCCCCGCCUAGUCGUGGUUUGACAUUGGCACCCCUGCAUAAUAGCACAUUUCUCAUUGGUUUAAAUUAUUUGAAUAAUACUUGAAAAUGGCUUAUUAUGAGUCCAAAAGUAUGCAUAUUUUAGCAUAUUGUACUUUCUUUGUCUGAAUUAUAAAGCAUAAAAAUGGCUAAAUGACAUAAAAUACUAAUUAUAAGGCAUUCAGAAGACGCAUUGGAAGAUUCUAUCCUGGUCACUAGGUGUCAGUCAUACUGUAAUGUUGUAUGAGACACACAAGCACCAGACAAGGGGCUUUCAUUGCAGGUUUGAAUGAUCUCACAACAGGCACACUAUUGGGCUACCAUUGCGGCUGUAGCCCACGCCAAGCUAAAAGCUAACUAUGAAACGUCACUUCCUUUCCAUCAACACACACAAGUUUAUAUAUCUCUUAUUAUGUCUACUAUAUUCGGUCAUAUGAUUAUACUGGUCACUAUAGGGGUGUUAUUUCAUGUUCAGAAGGCUCUAAUAAUUUUUUUAACUUUACGUAGAAAGUGGUUUUCUAUGCUUUAACUAUGGCAGAAAUUCACUUAACACUGUGGUAAAGGAGGGAUUACUACAAUGGGGAUUUAUUGUACUAUGCUACACAUAGUGUAGCAUAAUAUCAUAAACAAGUGGCGUACAUAGUUGUUGUCUGUGACCGUUCAUGUUUAGUUUUCUGUUGUUUGUCGUGUUUUUGUUUUGGGAGCUGCUGUUCAUUCCAGUAGAAGGAU